AAUAGUGUGGACAUGGCACUAUCGUCAGCCCCUCUGAGCCAGGAAGAACCCACACCGCCGUCGCCGGGGAAGCGAUUUAGCAACCAGCUCGCUGCCGCCGUGAGGAGCAUCAACUGGACUUACGCCAUAUUCUGGUCCAUGUCUACCAGCCGCACUGGAUUCCUGACGUGGAAGGACGGGUUCUACAACGGCGAGAUAAAGACGAGGAAGAUCACCAACUCGACGGACCUUACCGCCGACCAGCUCGUCCUGGAGAGGAGCCACCAGCUGAGGGAGGUCUACCAGUCGCUACUCUCCGGCGAAUACGACAACCGGGCCAGACGUCCCACUGGCUCGCUUUCGCCGGAGGAUCUCGGCGACGCCGAGUGGUACUACACGGUCUGCAUGACCUACGCCUUCCGGCCUGGCCAAGGUUUGCCUGGCAAAAGCUUUGCGUCCAAUGAACCUAUUUGGCUCUGCAACGCUCAGUUCGCGGACACCAAAAUCUUCCAACGCGCGCUCUUAGCGAAGACCGCGUCUAUUCAGACAGUUGCUUGCAUCCCAUUCAUGGGCGGUGUGCUCGAGCUGGGGACGGCUGAUCAGGUUUUGGAGGACACCGACAUGGUGAACCGGAUCGGCACAUCUUUCUGGGAUCUACGGUUUCCGACAUGCUCGGAGGUGGAGGAGCUGAGCUCCAGCCCAUCAGAAAACGAAACAGAAGAGGCGGAUAUCGUGUUCGAGGACCUCGACCACAACGUCGCCGAGGCGACGGCGACGAUUUCCGGGGAGAUGGGAUGCCUUUCCGACGGCAACCUCGAGAGGAUCACGAAGGAGAUCGACGAGCUCUACGGCCUGUGCGAGGAGCUGGACGUGCGCGCCCUGGAGGAUAACUGGAUCAUGGACGGGUCCUUCGAGGUGAUGUCUUCCCCGGAAGCGGCGCCGCCAAUGCCGGACGCAGGCGGGAUCGCCGAUGAUGUUGCCACUUUAAGUAGCUCCGUCGAAUCCUCUCGCCCGUCGUGCUUUACGGCCUGGAAGAUGUCAUCGGACUCGCCGCAAGACGUGGUUUCCGGGGAGUCUCAGAAGUUGCUGAAGAAAGCCGUGGCCGGCGGUGCAUGGACGAAAGAUGAUGGUGACGGCACGGUGAGAGCUCAGGAAAGUAACGUCAAGGGUCAUGUCAUGUCGGAGAGAAGGCGCCGGGAGAAGCUCAACGAGAUGUUCGUGAUUCUCAAGUCAUUGGUCCCGUCCAUUCACAAGGUGGACAAAGCAUCCAUCCUAGCAGAGACGAUAGCCUAUCUCAAAGAGCUGGAGCAAAGGGUAGAAGAGCUAGAAUCCAGCGGCAGGCCGAUCAAGGUAACGACAGGCCUGAGGCGCCAUGCCGUCCUCGGGAAGAAGGCCUCGGCCUCGGCUGGAUCCAAGAGGAAAGCUUCGGAGCUCGGCGACCUCCCCAAGGAGAAGGAGGACGGCCCUAGCAACGUGGUGAACGUCACCGUGAUGGGCAAGGAGGUGCUCCUGGAGGUGCAGUGCCUGUGGAAGGAGCUGCUGAUGACACGAGUGUUCGACGCCCUGAAGGCCCUCGGCCUGGACGUUCUCUCCGUCCAGUCGUCGACACCGGAUGGCCUUCUUGCUCUCAAGAUACGAGCUCAGUGCGCCGGUUCUGCUGCCGUGGCGCCUGGGAUGAUCAGCGAAGCGCUUCAGAAAGCUAUAGGCAGACGCUGAAAGAAUUCUCAAGGCGUGGCGUAACGCUGGUAGUUUUGCUCCUAGUGACUAUACUUACGAUGAUGUCUGUGUUUUUCAAAUUUGACAAAGAAAAUCAGAUACUAGUGUGACGUUUGGAUUCAGCUGAAAUCGAG